GCCCUCGGGCCUGUCCAUCGCCCCGCUCCUCCCCCCCCCCCGCCACUCCAGCCGCGCGAUAACCUUUGCCCUUUGUCCCUUAGUGAUGACCUUAGCGCCGUUGCCAAGAUGGCGCUGUCCAGGCUGGGCUGUUGCUGGGGAGGUCUGCACGGCGGGCUCCUGGGCGUCGGGCCCGUAACCGUCCCCGCCAGCUGCCUGCGCCGGGUCCUGCGCGCUCCCGAGCCGGCCCCCGCCUGGAGGGCGCUGAGGCACCCAGCAUGCUGCCUCUCUACAAAGACAAACCCCAAAGCCCUCCUUGCUGCUGUCAUAUCACAAUUCAAAUACGCCAAUGGGAAAUAUGAGAGCUUUUUGGAAAGGACAUUCCCCCGCUUCUAUCUAUUGUAUUCAACUUUUCUGAAAGGAUUUCGGACAUUGUUUUCGGAAGCAAAAGAAAUAAGAAGAAUAAAGUUAAACAUGUCCCUUCAAAAGAUCGAUUUUCAUCAGCUUCCAUACAGGGAGAUGGAAAGAUUAAGACAGUUUCGCAGGGACCUGAUCAAGGCCAUUCCUAUUGGGCUUCUCUCCCUUCCACCUUUUGCCAACUACUUCGUCUUUUUGCUGAUGUACUUGUUCCCAAGGCAACUGUUGAUACGCCACUUCUGGACCCCAAAGCAGCAGUCUGAGUUUCUGAACAUUUAUCAUGGUAUGCGGAGAGAGGUGUACCCAGAACUCAUUGAUGGCUUAGAGCAGGUGACUCGUUUUGUAGCGGACCAGCAGCUCCGAAGUCAGAUGCAAGAGCUCUGCACCCAGGUGCAGAGCGGUUCCCAUCCAGAGGUGGAGAAACUUGUGGCCGUGAGAAGCUUGUUUACGGGACAUCCCCUGGGCCUGCAAAGGCUGCGCGUUUGGCAAGUGAAAGCCUUGAGCCGUAUCCUGUUCCUGACUCCUCACUUGCCAAUCUUCUUCCUGAGAUACCGGCUGCGGAGCCACAUGUUGGAGUUACAGCAUCUGGACCGAGCCAUGCUGAAGCUGGGAGUGAGCGAACUAACUGAAGAGGAAGUGAAAAUGGCUUGUUAUGUCCGGGGCCUGAACUCCACCCACCUCAGCCCAUCGGAAUGCCAAAAAUGGCUGAAGCAGUGGGUGAAGCUGUCCUGUGAACUGAAAGCUGGAGAGGAGCUGGCCUCUGCCCUGGCUUCCAAGAACGAGAUUGACAUUUCCCCUCCCCUGUGCCUGUCCUGAGUGUCACCGGUGGCUUUAGUUAAAAUACUAAAUUCUGACAGGACUGCUGGCUAGAGAGUAUCUCAACCCAUGAAAUCUGUGCGAACAAAUGAACAGCUUUUCUUCUGGAAUCAUUUGAUUCUUCUUGGCCCCUUAUCAGCAUCCUGGCAGCUGGAGUUUGCCAAUCCCAGUUACCUGCUGCCAGCUCCUCCCUCACAAUCUGUCAGGUCUCUGGGGAGCACAGCUGGAAUUAUAAAACCUCAAGGAACAAGGCAAAGGGUUUAGGACUCUGUAUCAUGGUGAUACUGAGCUACUCUUCAGGGCAAAACUGAGCUACUGUGUCCAAAAGGGCUGCCAGAUGACAGACAGCUUGGCCAAGGAUUGUCACUCAGAGAAUGGCACAGAAAAGCUUAACAUGAGUGCUGUCAGCUGGUCCUGCUGCAGAUUUACAGGGCAAACCUGUGGAGUCCCUGGCAUACAUCUGUGGGCCAGAUGCCGUGGUGGAGGUUGCAGUUCUCUCCUUGGGCUAGUGCAGGUGUAGGCAACUCUUGCUUUCGUCAAACAUGCUGCUUCUUUCUCUCAGCUAGUCCCCAGCACUGUUCUAAAUGGGUGGUGUGGGUGGGGAGGGGGAUUGUCCUGGCUGCAGGUUUGUGAUCACUGCACUGUGUAGGUGUUACCCCUCCCUCUUUAGAGGAUUUGAUGCGAGAACCAACUAGGGAUUUGUCUCUGCCCAGACAGUGCUGGUGAAACAGGAGGCUGACCUUCCAGCCUCUGCAUUGUUCAUGGGUGUAGUAGGGGUCAUUACAGAACAGGUGUACAGCCCAGAGCCGGACGUCAGGAGAACUUGUAUUCAGACCUUCUUGAUGGUGCUGUGGCCUGGGUGAAGUGUGAGCCUACGCUGCUAACUGCUGCUGCUGCGUCCCAGUCUGCCAGCCGUCCAGUGAGCCUUUGCGGUAAAUGAAGGAUAAAAGGGCUGGGUACUUUAGCUGGCACCUGCCACUGUUUCCUCUCACCUCUGGAAAUGCCUUCUGCUGGGGCCAGGGGGUGCCUGCCUACAGUAGCACGCUCAAGAUGGGGACUCCCGAUUGCUGGCUCUGGAGGUGUCAGGUAAACGUGACUUUGUGUUUUCAGAUUCGGAGGUCUCGCUCUUGGCACACAGCAUGGUCUUAAUGUCCACCAACUACCUCGGGGCCAAGGAGUGACGGCACAGGCACCGCCUUCAACUGUCGACCUAUUUCUAGUGCUGGUGGUUGCAGCAGGGUAGAGUUUUUUGCUUGCAUUGCAGGAGGAGGGCUGGACUUUAGCGAGAAACACCUUGCUUUUUGCCUGCCGAUCCACCUCUAAACAGUACAGCAUCGAAGAGUAAAACCCUUCCUCAGCCCUGCCAGCGAUGAGAGCUGCAAGCUCCUUUACCUUAGCUACAUCGUCAAGUCCCUGAGAGCAAGAACCUGCUGUGGCUCCCAGUCACUAGGUGGUAGAUUCCAUGGUUUUUGAAUGUGUAAGACUGGCCCUUGCUGGGGUUGGGAGUGAUUCUGCAAUUCUGAGCCAUGCAGAUGUCCAUGCUCUUCCCUGUCAUUUUCCAAAAGAGACCAUGUUGGCAUGCAGCCAGGAGCCCUGGCUUUGCUAUUAUAGCCUCAAACUGUGGCACUUUAAAUGUAAUCCUCUCCAGUGGAGAAGGCUAGUCUCCCCUGGAUUUGUAAGCUUCCCCAGGAGGCUCCCACUGGUAACUUACAGCAGUGGGCAUUAGCCAGCUAGGUUCCUUGUUCUCCAGGACCUGUGAAGAGACACCUGUCUGGAGCAGUGCUCUUUGUUGUUUUUCCUGUUAAGUUGUUAAGCUUUAUUUACUAUGUUGUUUUAGGAAUAAGGUGAAUUUUACUAGGAGGGGUUGUGAGUGGAGCAUCCUAAUUGCCUGGGGCUUAGUAAGUGACCUUGCCCCUUUGGCCAGUGAUAUGCCUUAAUGUUGAGGAUCCAUGUAUUUGGUCAGUUGUCUUUUUAGUUCACAGCAGCGCCCUGUUAGUGCUUGAACUGUGGCUGUUCCUCUCUGCCCUAGCUGACUGCUGGAAAGAGAUACAGGCCAGAUAGGAACAGUUCCCACUUUCAAACUUGGCUCCACUGUAAGUUAGCUUGAUUUUCAGUUUCCGAGCAUCUGCAGCUUCCCCUGAAAUCAGUAGGAUCUGAGUUCAGGUCACUUUGUAUGGGUACCCCAAUCUGAAAAUGCUGGCCUAGAGCCUAUUGCCAUAGAAAUAAAUGCUAAACAGCACUUACCUGUUAAGGACACAGUCUCAGCUUCAUUUUGUCAAUGAAGUGAUUUAAGUUCUGCCUAAUCAAUUUUUAGACCUGAACUUUCUGCUCAGUGUGAGGAUUUGGGAGCCAGAAGUUUGGUCAACAGGAGCUCCAUCCCUGUGCACCUGAAUGUCUCGUGGCAGAGGCUGCAAGUUGAGUUUAAGGGAUUUUUUAAAAAAGUUACUUAUAACUAGUGUCUUAAGUUAUUUAUGGCAGUACAAAUGCAUGAAAUGUUUGUCUUAAAUCUGUGGUAUCCUUACAUAAAUAUUCCAUUAAAGACAACAGCUAAGGAAA